AUGGGCGGCAGUCCGAAAGAUUGGGAUAAAAUGAUCGGCCAGAUGGAGAGACAAAGGAUGGCUUAUGCCGCACAGUGCAACGGAGCCCCGGAUAGACUUAAGAAGCAAUGCUUCCUGCUGGUCAGCCUCCUCGGACAGCUCGUCCAAAAAGUGAAGCAAUUCAAGGACGUGACCGAGCGAUUUGAGAGCUUGAAACUACAG